UGAAUGCAAAUAUUAUCACAUUUUUGUCAUAAAAAUACAAUUCAUUCAAACAAUCACUUCAUUUGAUCCCAAGAUAUGGGACAACAAAUGACAACAACGAAGACAUCACUCGAGACCACAGAUGACGGCAAUGAAGACAACAGACAACAGCCAAAAAUCUACUCAAAAGACUCUUUGGAUCGAUUCGGUGAUGAUUUGUGUGAACUUCUGUUGUCUUACUUCCCAUUCAAAGACCGAUUCCGUUGUGAAUGUGUGUCCAAACAGUUCCAGAGGACUGUCUUCGGGAGUGUUGUGGACAUCAAUAUUGACGACCGAUUUAUGAGUAAAAUAUUGUAUAAAAAGAGAGUUAAUAAUCAAAAGUUGGUCUCAAUUGCCAUAAAGUGUCCAAACAUUGAGACCAUUGUCUGUGAAGUCAUAUCCACUGAAUAUAUGAAA